CCGGCUCUGCUUGCAACAGACGGUCGUUGUUCUAUGCAGACAGUGCAGAAGUGCACAUUAACGAACUGCGUUUGUCGCAGAGGCAAGGCAUGUGCUGAUGCUUAUUUCGUAUUGCGGACAGCCAGUCUUCUCCACGGAAAAUGGUUGCCUGCUGCGCGGUGAAGUGCAGCAGUUCAAGUCAAUCAGGGCACAAGAUGUUCCGCGUGCCAUGGGACCCUGCGCGCCGCAGGCAAUGGGCAGUCGCUAUCCGCCGCCAGACUGCGGAUGGAAAUCUCUUCAUACCCAGUGAUCACAACAGGCUGUGCUCUGUCCACUUUGUGAAGGGAGCGCCGAGCUAUGAUCCUGAUGACAUUGACUACGUACCGCGGCUGUUUUUCCACGACGAUGCCAGCAGAGAGCGAUCACGCCGCGUUAAAAGCAGUCAUGCACGCUACGCAGGUGUUGCUGCAAAGCGAAUUCUUUGCGCACAAAGUUUGCUGCAGCUUUCACAAGUGCCUGCUGGAGACAGCACAGAGGAUGCAGCGAGACCUUCAACGGAAUCGUCAAAAUCGCUGUCAAGUUCACCCUGGCUUCGCAACACAAAGUGCUGCGUCAGCACGUGCACCAACCACACUGCCAUGAUCCAAGAUGGAGUGCUUUCGUUUCACAGGUUUCCAAGGAACCCUGAGCUGAAAGCAAAGUGGAUGAAAGUCGUAGGUCGCAAGCAGUGGCCAUCAAAAUGGUGGACAGCCAUCUGCUCUGACCACUUCAUCCCCGAAGACUUUGUCAGUGGGCAUGCAGCUCUGGGCACGCUGAAGCCAAAGGCUGUCCCGUCCAUCUUUUGGGACAGAGGCAUUCCCAUGGUCAGUCAACCUCGCCGCGCUCCCAGGAAGCUUGCCGCCGCUGGCACCCGUAUCCAGUCGACCGACGCAGUUAGCCCAUACGGGAGGGAAACAAACACGCCCGAGUCCUCAGCGUUCGCAAAGGAGAGUACUUUCAUCGUCGUUGCGCUGAACUCUCCAACGACCUCGGCUGCUGUACCUUCUGCACCUGUCAGAACAGGUGGCAAUGACUCCACUCGUCAAGAGGUAGCGGCCGCUGCGCAUCAAACGUCAUCGGGCGGACAGCCGAAACAGCGGGCGAUGACGGGGCCCACUUCGCAACGUGAAAGCGCGCCAAGUUUAGGCGUCCAAGAUGUUGCGGACUGCGGACAGCAACAGAAGGUGCUGAUAGUGCAAUGUGCCACUUUCAACGAGCUCGGGUCAAAUACUUUGCAAGUAAUGGAGCCUGAGGCACAGCCAAAAGCUGCAGAGGAACCUGCAGCGGCGCCGGAGGCACAUCCGUCGGGCGACCAGCAAGCUAAUAGACAGCUCGGGACAGCUCCAACACCACCAGCUAGUUCUCGGCAGCCUGUGGCCACUCCAACACCAGCUAGUGCCCGGAAGCUUGUAACAGCUCCGACGACACUGGCUAGUUCCCGGCAGCCAGUGACAGCUCCAACAACACCGGCCAGCAUGAAGUCACCAGACCUGCAGCGUCAAGAGCUUUCAAACGAAAUAUCUGAUGUAGGCACCGAGUCUGGCAACCAGCCUGAUGAGAAUGCUUCCGAAGGUGCAUGUGACGUUUGCCAACGCACUUUCCAGAAGAAAGACUUGACCAAGAUUUUUGUAGAAAUUCGCAAGUGGCUUGUAGGAAACUAUCCUCAAGGGCAAUGUUCCCCAUUCAUGCUUUGUGAGGAGUGCAAAGAACCCCUUCUGCAAGCUGCAGAAUCUUCCAAUACAUCAGGUGGCAGUACCAGUAAGACGCAGAGCAGGGACAUUGUUGCGAAGCUGCGUGAGCGUGCGCUCGACACGCUAGCAGCGACGUGUACAUCCGAUCAAGUUGAAUCUGUGGACAUUGAGCGGCCAGCAGAGUAUCCGGGCUUGGUGCCCGUGCGGAACAAGCCGGCAGGCACUAGUUCUCUGUCUGCUGAUCCUGUGCGAAACCGAUGUGUUGCAAACGAACAGUCCACAAAUUCAGGUGAUGCUGUGUUGAAGUGCUGUGUUCCUUCCUGCUCCAACCGCUCCGAUGAGCCCAGGCAUCGGCCGCUGUCAUUCUACAGGUUUCCAAGAAGCAUGGCUGUCAAGAAACAGUGGGCACAGGCUAUGGGCCGCACGGGCUGGUUGCCAUUGCAGACGACCGUCGUCUGCUCCGACCAUUUCAGACCCGCCGAUAUCACCACGGGGUGUCCACUUACCGGAAUCCCUAAACCUGAAGCUAUUCCAAGCAUCUUUGAGGGCAAGACGUCUGCAGAGAUCACAUGGGAGAACGAUGCGACGGAGCCGGGAGAACAAUCGGUCCCCUCUGACCGCAGUGGCUGGAAAAUGAUAUCAUUGCUUCCAAGAAAAACGACGACAAGAGGCAGAGGCAGAGAUUCCAGUGAAACACGCAGCAAAUCCACUGGGGUAAGAAGCGCCGCUGUAAAGCGAACUUUAAGCAAGGCAUCCCCUCCAUUUGCUGAGAAGAAGAAGGCGUCAGCCCCACUCACGUUCAUGGACAUCAUGGAAGUGGACACAUCUAGCUUCUGGCUGAAGACCUUAAGCAACAGGAUGGUGAACUUUGUCCACAUCACGCACCGACCCAUGCCGUGCAUCACACGAUCAGUGACGGUCUCACCUGACAUGUCCGUGAUGGUGGCCAUUGAGAACGCGCGCCUGAGCCUGCUGCCGUGCGGCACGCCGGUUCCCAAUAAGGUUGACAGCGUCGAGACGUUGCAGAAUCUCCUGCAGAGGGUCGAGGAGCUCGAGAACUGCACGCGGAAUGACAACUGGCAGCUGCAUAAGCAGAGCACGCUGAAACUUGUUGGCCGCUUGCUGCAGGAAGUGUGCCGGGAAGUGGGCAGCGCGGACAGUCAGAUUGGAGUGCUCAGCUCGAUCAGAGACCAAGUUGACGAGCUGUUAUGAAAGGGCUCAGCGAGAGUGGAGUGUGACCCUGCGUAGAUUUUUGUAAUUACACUUGGAAAGUGCA